AUGAGAUAUGGGAAGCCACUUCCCCGACUUGAUGACAGUGGGGUCGGUACAAAUGGGAUUGGAGCAUCCAGGGUAGCAUUCCAGGCUUCCAUAGGUUCUGUGUGGCCACACAACCCCAGGCCAGAAGGCAGUGCCAGUCAGGCCAUCCCCUUUACUGGUCUUAUCGAAGGAGGACUGAAGGAAGGACUUCAGAUCACACUCCAGGGGAUCAUCUACUCCUCUGCAGAUAAGCUUGCUGUGAACUUCCAGAAUGGCUUCACUGGAAAUGACAUUGCCUUCCAUUUCAAUGCCCGGUUUGAAGAUGGAGGGUAUGUGGUUUGCAACACGGAGCAGCAAGGACACUGGGGUCCUGAGGAGAAGAAGAUGCAGAUGCCCUUCCAGGAGGGGAAGCCCUUUGAGCUGAGCUUCCUGGUAGAGAGGUCAGACUUCAAGGUGAUGGUGAACAAGAGCUUCUUCGUUCAGUACUCACACCGCGUACCCUACCACCUCGUGGACACCAUUUCUGUCUCUGGCUCCCUGCAGCUGUCCUCCAUCACCUUCCAGAACUCCCCAGCAGCCCUUGUCCAGUCUGUCUUCUCCACAGUGCAAUACUCCCAGCCCUUCCAGUUUCACCGGAAGCCCAAGGGGCACAAACCACAAUAUCAACGCAGGUGGCCUGUCCACCAGGCACCCAUGCUUGCACCUUUCAUCACACUCAUCCCAAUUGGGCUUCACCCAUCCAAGUCCAUCACCGUAUCAGGCAUGGUCCUGCCAGAUGCUACGAGGUUCCAUGUCAACCUUCGCUCCGGGAAUGACAUUGCUUUCCACUUUAACCCCCGUUUCAAUGAGGACACUGUGGUUCGAAACACUCAGAUCAACAACUCCUGGGGGCCUGAGGAGCGAAGUCUACCCAGAAGAAUGCCCUUCAGUCGUGGCCAGAGCGUCACAAUGUGGAUCUUAUGUGAAAGUCACUGCUUCAAGGUGGCCGUGGACGGUCAACACCUGUGUGACUAUGCUCACCGUCUGAUGAACUUACCUGCUAUCAACAAUCUAGAAGUGGCCGGUGAUAUCCAGCUCACCCACGUGCAGCCAUAGGCAAGGAAGGCCACCCUGAUGUCAUCCUGCUGGCCUCCAGCUGACCAGAAUGUCCUCUUUCAUUCUUCCUCAUCCUUGCCUAGUGGCCUUAAA